CCAAUAGUGUGGGGUGCGGAGAGGGUAAGAGCUAUAACCGUCCGACGGUGGCUCCAACCGGCUUUGCCAACACCUCAACGGUUGUAGGAAGCCAGCUCGAGCCAACGAAACAGAGCCAUGACGACUACCGAAGUGACCAGGAAGAAUAAGCCCAGGCAGCGGGCUUUCAAAGCGUGUGCAUUAUGUCGGUCUAGGAAAGCAAAGUGCGAAUUCUCGAAUUCAGGAGAUCACGGUUUACGCCCUUGCCUGCGGUGUCAGAAGGAAGGAGAGCAAUGUCAGUUCCUACCAACACGGCGCGGCGGAAAUCACGGCAAUGGCUACACUGCUCGUAAGGCUCGGGAGCUGGCAGGAGCGGCGACACUCGUCCCAGAGAAGGGACUGGAGAAUCAGAACUCAAGCAGUCAGCCGACACUCGCUCCAGGUACUCACUUUGAGGAUUCCCAAGUCGAUGUUGAGCAUUUGACAGAGGCACCAUUGCGUAACCCCUCAGACGCACUUGAGAUUUUGGCGAGAACAUCCCCACCAAAUCGUAACAAUGGGCCCGAUUACGACGAAGAUGACGAGGAUGAAGAGGAACGAAGGUGCCUCCAACGAAAUCAUCCGGCACAGAAUCAAGCAGAUUCAGGCUCACCCGAUGCCAGCCAGCCAACCUCAAGCCCCGACAUGCUUCGCGUGGCGAGCAGAAGUUCUGUCAUUGUCAACGUCAGUCCAACGGAAAGCACCUACCAUCGAAACGCAUCAAAAAGCAUAAAUAGUUUUCCACUGAUCAAACUGGGCCUGAUCAACCCUGCUCAACUUCGGACCUAUGUCGCCAUAUUCGCAUCUCGGAAUAAUCACUACCUCCCGAUAAUUCCAGAGAAUAGGUUACCCAGUGAUGACCAUCACCUUGGACAAUUCGCCGCUGAAGAGCCAUUCUUGCUGAUGGUGAUUGUUUUGAUCGCCUCGCGGUUUGAGAAAGACACUCUGCACGCAGCCUGUUGGGAAUACACGAGACGCCAUCUCAGUGGGAUCACUUAUGGCGGAUUACCAACGGUUGGGGUGGUUGAAGGCCUCUUGUUACUGUCGGAGAAUCUACCCAAGUUACCGAAAGUGGCCGACGACGAGUUUCACAAAGUUGAAGCAUUCGUGUCGUGGAAUCUCAUUGGCUUGGCUGUGAGGUUCGGCUACUUCUUGGGACUCGACCAAAAGACGUUGCUUCCGCCAACCCAAAAAUUUGACAGGCAGACCUCUCGCGAGCGCUUGGUAUGGACAUAUUGUCACGUUUUCAACCGCCAGGUGUCAAUUCGGCUAGGAAAGGAGCUAUGGAGCCGUGGUCCUGGGCUUGCUAUCCAGAAUCCAUCAACAGCAAGUAUGAGUACACCGCUAGAAGCUCGCAGCAAUCUCAUGGCAUCAACGUCAAAUACUACAGAGUAUCCUACUGACAUCGGCUCGAGCAAUAGUCACCAAAAUGAAGGCAGCUGCGACAAUGCGGGUUUGCUUCAGACAUAUGUGGAACUGACACAAAUUCUAACCAACAUCCAUGACGUUCUCUAUCCCAGUAGGGAUCGUACCAUUGCACUCGUCAAUGUCGGUGAGUACUACCGUAUUUUGGAUGAGUUCACACGGACGAUCACUGCUUUCAACACUACCUGUGAACUCCGUCACCAGUGGGAGCUCAACGAAACGAUACAUGCUGUUUUACAAUACACGAAACUAUACGCCUAUGCCUUUGCAUUUCAGGCACAUGUACAGAGAACGACAAGCCGACACAAAGAACAACUCAACAACAUGGGUACUACCAGGACACUUGCCGAGCUCAUCUUCCCCUUGGGAGUGGCUGGAUGUCCCGAUGCUAAAUAUAUUCUCGAAGCAAUCGAGUCAGCUUCUAAAUUGUUGACUAUUUGUGUCAAUGGAUUAUUUAACAAUGGCGCUUUGGCAUAUCUGCCAUCAAGAUUCUAUGGCUAUUUCAGUUAUGCUGCUGUAUUUCUGAUCAAGGUUGUCCUCACUGGGGCCAUUGCCUCCAGUGAAAGAAAGAAGAUCUUGACACUGGUUGGACGAACAAUCACAGCUCUUGAGUCGUCCUCGUCUGGAGCCGACAAACAACACCUAGGGGCACGCAGUGCCCGCCAGUUGAAGACACUCGUGCGUACAUUAGUUGUCGCUACUGGUACUUCUAUGGCACCAACCCCGGCCCGCUGCAGCCCUGCGCCACGAGAGCAGCAGCAACUACCAGACAUUUCCAUAUCUGAUCACGACUAUGCGCUUUACUUCAACGAGUUGGAUAUCGGCCCCGGGCUAGAUUCUGCUAUGGCUCCGAUGAUUGACACCACUUUUCUAUCAGAGCCUUUCGCACCGGACCUGGCCGCUUUGUUUACUUCAGACAUUGACAGCGAUAUGUGGCUUUCAUUUUUUUGACUACUGCAAUUGGAAGUAGACUGCCUGGCUAGGUCGUCAUGUUUAGGGCAGGAGAGGGAGGCUCUAUUGAUUUACUUGACUCUCCUUGAGUCGUUUCAACACC